AUGUUGCCCUUGAAGCCGGCUCUUGUGCUCCUCUUCAACCCGCCGCUUUGUCUGCGAUUCCUCUUGACAUUGGUCGUCAUGACGACGCUGGCGCAUCGGCCGGACUUGUCCAGUCGAGACGGUCUCGAGGCGCCGUUGGAUGGGCCGAGGCGAGUGACGCCGCAGAAGCUGAACCACUCGCUGUACCAUCUUUUGGGUCGGCAUUCUGAGGCGAGCCAGCGACUCAACGACUUCUUCCGCAACAAAGAGGCUGUCGAGGUGGUGCGCUAUUUGCGUGCUCGAACGGGCAACCGAAGUGGUCGUCUCGAGACGAGAAGAGAGAAGCGCGAGUUCGCGAUUGAUCACCAAAACGACUUUCUCGAUCCCGAGACCCCGCUCGAGUUCAUCGUCGAAACGCUGCCUCCGUUGACGGUACACUUUCUGCCCAACCGCUGGUUCUACAUUCGCAUCUGCGUCAAACCACUCCUGCCCUCACACCACGACGUCUCAGAGGAUCUGGGGCCCGAGACCAAAGCCUGCCAUCAUCUGCAUACUCGCGGCCAUCGCGACUACAUCGAGCACGGCGACACUCGCUUCUCCUGGCCGGCCACCCAGUUUCACUUGGACCAACAGAUCGUGGUCUACGUUAAUAGGCAACCGUUGCUCGCCUACCAGCCGAGAUCACGUCAUCUCAGCACGAUCGAGACUCGCGAUAUCGCCUACCAGAACAUGCUCGCCUGGACUCACUUCACCAACCGGUCCGUGCUACUCGCUCUUCGGCUUUCCAUGCAACUGCAUGGCGCCGACAUUGUCGUGCGUGUCGAGUGCACCUCUCGCUCCUCAAAACCCUCGCACCAAUGGCUUCCACUGCCGGCCAAAUCAGUAGCACCAAUGCCAACGCCAACGUCGACGUCAACGCCAGCGUCAACGUCGACGUCAACGUCAACGUCGACGCCCUCUGAGGCGGCAACGAGCCUUGGCGACGGAGUAUUGGUGCAGCACAACUAUCGAAGACGACUGCGCAUGCGUCGUCCGACGCGAACUACCGUGCUCGAGUUCACAGCCUACCUGCAGGGCGAAGAGAUCGACGCCACGUUGUUGAUCAACCUGACCGAGCCGAUCGCCGUCUACCAUCCGGCCGAGGUGCGCCAGCACAGCCAUGCGGGUCUCGAAGUCGGUUCGUCCAAGAGGCCAGAGUCGGCAGAAGAAACAGAAGAGGCAGAAGAGGUAGAAGAGACGGAAGAAGCAGCAGAGCCGGAGGAUGUGGAGCAGACGCUCGAGUGGCGGCCGCAUUGGUCGUCAGCGUCGACGGCGCGAGAGGUCGGUGAAGAGGCGCGUGAAUUGGAGGCGCUGCGUUGGAUGGAGGCGCAUCACAAAAUCUCCCACAUCCCCGCGGCCUUUUGGAGUGUCGGUGUCGAGAUGGGCACCAAACACGCCUUCCACAUGGUGCACCAUCUGACGCGUCGUGGUCCUCUCCUCUCGCAGGCCGAACGAUUGCAGCGCAAGCGGUCGCAGGCUCGAGUCGCGCCGAAACCGGCUCGUCCGACGGUGAAUCGCGACUCGCGUCAGCAUCUCGAAUGGUUGGCGUUGCAACACGGACUCAACAAACUGACCAGCGACGAUGUGCGCAUCUUCACGGACGCCGGACGUCGUGAUUUGGCCAGACGACCCGACGACCCGUUGCAGCUGACCAAAUGGGGCGGUCUGAGCAGCCGACAUGUUUGCGACAUCUUCGAGGCCGAUCUGCCCGAUCCGGUGUCGGCGACGCUGGCGCUCGAGGCGAGCGUCGACCGAGCGCUGGAGCACGAGAACCUCACGUUGCCAUGGACGUAUCCACGCAACCCGUUCGACCUGGAGACCUGGUCGCUGUUGCACCGACGACAACAUCUACAGCAGAGCCUCGAGCCGGCCGAAGCCAGCAUCGUGCACUACUUGGCCGUCGGCGACGCCGUCCGAGUCACCUGCGAGGGUCACGCUGAGGGCUCGCGACUCCACGUCGUCUACGACAGUCUGUACUGGCACGAGACUGCCCGCCACGAGCAGACCUGGGACGCACCGCACGCCAUGACUACCAUCCACCUGACGCUGCAGGCCGUCCUGCCGACACGUCUCGGACUGCACAGCAACUCGGAUCGCCUUGACGCCCUCGAGAUCAACUCACCCGACGAGAUCACUUAUUUGGCCUGCGGUCUGCCGCCGAAUCCCGGCCAAGUUGACUCGGAGGCCGCGACUCCGCUCAUCCAAUCGGCCGUUGUGCGACGCAUCUUUCUCGCCAUC